CGCCUGCCCGCGCUGCCUCCUCCGAGUACUACGAAUCCCAGGAUCCCUUGCGAGCCUGAACAGCUUGGGAAGCCCUGGUUGAAGCGGGCGGCGGAGCGAAGUGUUUCCCCCUUCAUAAUACACGUACAAAAACAAAAACAAUAUAAAUAUUUAUAUAUAUUUCCAAAAAAACCAAGGAAAUGGUAGCCUUCGCGCUCGGCUAAGCUCCAUUCUCUUCUUCCUCCUCGCCCUCCUCCUCUUCGUCGUCCUCCUCCCGCGCUUUCCUUCCAUGGGUGAGAGACAUGGACUACGAGUUCAAAUCCAAGCUGGCGGCCGAGCGCGAGCGGGUGGAGGACCUCUUCGAGUACGAGGGCUGCAAAGUCGGGAGGGGCACCUACGGGCACGUCUACAAAGCCCGGCGGAAGGACGGAAAAGAUGAAAAGGAGUAUGCACUGAAGCAGAUCGAAGGAACAGGGAUAUCCAUGUCAGCAUGUAGAGAAAUAGCACUUUUGCGAGAACUGAAGCAUCCUAAUGUGAUUGCAUUGCAGAAGGUUUUCCUUUCUCAUAGUGACAGAAAGGUGUGGCUACUGUUUGAUUAUGCUGAACAUGAUUUGUGGCAUAUUAUCAAGUUCCACCGUGCCUCUAAAGCAAACAAAAAACCCAUGCAGUUGCCAAGAUCCAUGGUCAAAUCACUACUUUAUCAGAUUCUUGAUGGAAUCCAUUAUCUCCAUGCAAACUGGGUGCUUCACAGAGACUUAAAACCAGCAAAUAUUCUGGUCAUGGGAGAAGGUCCAGAAAGAGGAAGAGUAAAAAUUGCUGAUAUGGGUUUUGCAAGGUUAUUCAAUUCUCCACUCAAGCCACUGGCAGAUCUGGAUCCAGUUGUGGUGACAUUUUGGUACAGAGCCCCAGAAUUGUUACUUGGUGCAAGGCACUAUACAAAGGCCAUUGAUAUAUGGGCCAUUGGCUGUAUAUUUGCCGAACUAUUGACUUCAGAACCCAUCUUUCACUGUCGUCAGGAAGACAUUAAAACAAGCAAUCCUUUUCAUCAUGAUCAACUUGAUCGCAUAUUCAGUGUAAUGGGAUUUCCUGCAGAUAAAGACUGGGAAGACAUUAGGAAGAUGCCAGAAUAUCCUACUCUUCAAAAAGACUUUAGGAGAACAACUUAUGCCAAUAGUAGCCUCAUAAAAUAUAUGGAAAAACACAAAGUCAAGCCUGACAGCAAAGUAUUCCUCUUGCUUCAAAAACUUCUCACGAUGGAUCCUACAAAAAGAAUUACCUCAGAGCAAGCUUUGCAGGAUGCUUAUUUCCAGGAAGACCCACUGCCUACAUCAGAUGUUUUUGCAGGCUGCCAGAUUCCUUAUCCAAAACGAGAAUUUCUCAAUGAGGAUGAGCCUGAAGAAAAAGGGGAUAAGAAUCAACAGCAGCAGAACCAACAUCAGCAACAAACAGCACCUCAGCAGCAAGCAGCACCUCAGCAGCAGCAGCAACAGCAGCAACAAAAUAGUACCCAGACAAAUGGAACUGCAGGGGGUGGUGGAGCAGGAGGCGGUGGCACUGGGGCAGGUCUCCAGCAUAGCCAGGACUCCAGCCUCAACCAGGUACCUCCAAAUAAGAAGCCACGCAUUGGGCCUUCAGGCGCAAAUUCAGGUGGGCCUGUCAUGCCUUCAGAUUAUCAGCACUCCAGUUCACGCCUGAGUUACCAAAGCAACAUUCAGGGAUCUUCUCAGUCCCAGAGUACCAUGGGUUAUUCUACAUCAUCUCAGCAGAGCUCUCAGUACCAUCAGUCCCAUCAAUCUCACCGGUACUGAAGAAACUUUGUAGACGGUCUUAGAAAGGAACAGUCAACGGACUCCAGCAAUAUGAAGUUCAUAACCAUGAGAAGAACCAAAAAUGCAAACUGUGAUGAGGAUCUUGAAAUUACAAUUAUUGAAGCAAAACUUUGAUUUAGUCAUUGUUUUCAGACAAGAGACAAUCUCCUCCCUUGCUUUUUUGCCAUAAAGAAGAUUCUUGUGAAGUUUCCCAUGCGCUUGCUUUUGCAUGCAUUCCAUUGUGGUUACUAGAAUGAAACCGUCUGAUCUGAACCCAGCACUUAAACUUCUUUACCUAUGGAAUUUUUGAAGGAUUCCUGGUGCACCUUCCUUGUGUUGUAGAAAUUGCCAUAAAUCUCCUCUUUUUCCAAAUCCCUUUACCAGGAUUUUAAAGUUUUGGAAUUUUGAACUCCCAGGCUUUUCAAGCUUGUAUAUAAUUAAUUUUUUACUAGGCAAAUCCGUUUAGCUAUACAGGUAUAAUGCACCUUUUAAAAGCACUAUGUUAUUUUCACAGGAUAUUACUGUUUUGCUCACAGAUGUCAAGAACAGCAGAUUUUACUGUUCCAGAGUAUUUUAUUAUUCUCUUUUUAUUAGUCUAGUUUUCAGAUGAGGUCUUUAAAAAAAAAGAAGAAGAAAAGAAAAGAAAAAUAUACAACCCAAGUCUCUGCAGCAGUUAUUC